CCACUUGGCCAAACUAAAACUCGCAGAACUUUCUCAAUAUACCGAAAACAUGUUCAAGUGAAUCUGAUAGCGGUCGCUGAAAGUAACGGAAGAUAACAAAACGUGACCAGUUUGGCAUUUGAUUGAACUAUUCACUCAAUACAGGGGAAGAGUUAAAGUGUCCAGACAAAAUCAGCGAUAAGAAUAAAUUGGGGUAGCUGACUUAGCUCGCAUUCUUCGUCAAUGAAGUAUUUAAUGAGUAAUAAGGAAAUUUCCCGUUAUAAAUCUGUUGAUUGAAAUGAUAGCAAAUCAGUUAAUCUAAUUUGACAUGUCUUCAUCUGUGCGAUGAUGUGCGCUACAUUGUUCUCCUGCGAAGAAUAUCAACAGCUUGUUUGUGUAUGAACAUCCAUCAAAACCAGAAAGCCACCAACAGAAGCGAGAGGUGUUAUCUAUUAAAAGUUAGAAGAAAAUUUGGAUACCGAAAAUCUGCAUGGAAAAAAAAUCGUCAUGGAUUGGAAGAGAAGCAAAAUUUUGAUAUCAUUAAUUCUGCUAUCCUUCCUGUGUCGAUGCCCUGCUACACCUGCAGGGGAAUGGACUUUGCCGUAUCUCACAUCUCUCGAACCCGAAAAGGUUGUCAUCGGCGAAUACUUAGACGAUGUCCGGGAACAAACCAUCACGGUGUGGGAAGAAAUGGACACCCCGAUUCGGAUAGCCAAGAUUAACUACAAGGGCAACAAUCUCACGGUUGGAAACAAACCAACGCACCUAGCAUUGAUUCAGGACACCGAUUGGUAUCUUGAAAUUACCAGUCGUAUGGACUACGAACAAGAAUCACAUCGAUUGUCUUCUAUAACUCUUGUCAUCGAGGGUAACGUUUUAAAUACGUUUACUGUGGUGAGCAAUUUAGUCAACAUUCUGGACAAUGCUCCUUCAAUGUAUAGCGAAGGAAAUUGCAGAAUUCCAGAGUACGAGGAAGACUUCCUGUCCGAUUGUCAGUUCACAGUGCACCACGCUGACGGUUUCAAUCAAAAUGAUAUCGAAGGAAAAUAUACAAACGAAUUAAAAUUUGAGAUAUCUGAAUUUAACGAUACCUUUGAAAUGGAGCAAACAAUUGUUCAGGGUGAGUUCAACCAGCUGUUUAAUCUGAGUGUCAUCCAAGGUUUAAAUUAUGCUGAUCGAGCGGUUUACACCUUUUCGAUCACUGUUCACGACCUGCAUCGGACCCACAACUUCACCCUAAGCACUGUAGUACAGGUUCAGAAUGUGGAGAGCCGAGUUCCGAUUUUCACGCAUCCAUUUACUACACAGCGGAUUACGGAGAAGACGUCAUUCAACACAACAGUCACAGCAAUCGACGGAGAUACGGGAAUUAACGCCCCCAUUUGUUAUGAGCUGGAAACCGAAGUACCUGAAUAUGCUGAAUACUUCAGUAUAAUGCUCGAUGAGGAUGCUAAACAUGGAAUAUUGCAAGUGAAACCUAUUGAUCGGGAUGUGGAGAAAAAUGAGUACUAUCAGUUUAAGAUUAUGGCCUAUAAGUGCCACAACCAAAUGUACAAUAUUACUAGUGAAGCUGCUAUAAUUCUAGAUGACCUUAAUGAUAACGCACCAACGUUCAAUGUAACGCCGCAUAGUUUAGAAUUUUGGGAAAAUACCUUAAUGGAACUGCCAUUCGACUACUUCUACAUUGAGGAUAUUGAUUUGGAUCGCCACGCAACGUACAGCGUUUAUCUGGAAGAAGACAUUUCUGGCACGAUUCACUCCGAUCCGGACUCCUUCAGCAUCAUUCCAAGAAGUGGUUAUCAGCUUGCUUCUUUCAUACUAACGAUCGUCAAUACAAAACAACUUGACUUCGAGCUACCGGAACGGCGUCAGUUUGAUCUUAUCAUAACGGCUGUCGAGGCAGCAAAUGCUUCCCACACUAACCAGCAGAGUAUUGCCAUCAAGCUUCGCAACUGGAAUGAUGAAAUGCCUGAAUUCGAUAAAGAAAUCUACGAAAUCUCAAUCAAUGAAACUAUUGCAGAAAAUGAAGAGAUGCUGACGGUGACGAUCACCGAUCGCGAUGUAGAUGACGAAGUGAAGCUUCGUAUAAUGAGUCUUAUUGGAGAAGACAUGGCAGUAGAUCCCGUAACUAUUCCCGAUCAGGAUUAUGAAGUACCAACCUUCGUAUUCAGGAUAAGUACAAAAAAGAAUGACACUUUCGAUUACGACGUAGCGCAUGAGGUGAUCCUCCAACUGGAGGCAACGGAUACGCUGCAAACUGAAAAGAAUGAAUCUCUUCAUCAGACUUUCGCACAGGUGGUGAUCAAAGUUCUUGAUAUCAACAACAAACCACCGUCAAUCACAGUGCCACGGGAAAGAAUUCAUAUCUUUGAAAACUCGGAACCCGGUACAGUUGUUUUGAUUGAAAGUACUGGAGAGGAAGCGAUUCUGAUAGGAACCGAUACUGACACGGACGCCCAACUCCAAUUUAGUAUCGAUUGGGCGACUAGCUACGCCGUAAAAGGAGGAUCAUCUGUCAAACCGGAAAUCUUCAAAGAAUGUUUGAUUAUUGACCAGGAUUCAACCGAUCGAAAUCGCGUAACGGGAAAGAUUAUAGUAAAUCCGGAGCUUGAUCAGCAAACGAUAAACCAACGACUGGAUUACGAAGAAUACGAUACAUUGUUCAUCACUGUUCGUUUGGUAGACGAAAACCAGGUUGUUCCACCAGGGGAUACUGAAUCCCUUGUAGUUAUACAAAUUGGCAACGUCAAUGAUAAUGAACCGCAAUUUGUCGGCAACACGCUGACUGUAGAACGCAACGUAUUAGAAGAAGCAUCAAAUGGAACUAUUGUCGGUAGUGUUGAGGCUAUUGAUAGGGACGGAGAUGAGAUAAUCUUUUCGAUAUCUGCAAAAAGUCCUAAUCACGAGGGUCUUAUUACUAUCGCAUCGAAUGGAAUGCUAACAGUCAAUGCUUCGGAAGAGAAAUAUAUUGAUUGCGAUGUGCCAAUUACCUACGCAAUUGCACUGGAGAUUACACUCUCCGAUGGACUCCACGUUACCAACGGCUCCCUCGAAAUCUUAAUCACCGAUACCAACAACAAAAGCCCGACUUUUAGCGAAUCAAUCCCAGCCGUAGUGGAGAUUUUUGAAAAAUCCCAAUCCGGAACCGAAAUCCUUCAACUGAAUGUGCAAGAUCUGGAUCGCGAUUCGCCGCACAACUUGGUAUCAUUCGAAAUCGAUUUCAAAACUUUCCCAGAGUUGCGAAACUUUUUCGAAGUGACUAUAGAGGAGGACGACUCGGGCGAACGUUUGAACCAAACGGCAGUGGUUCUGGUGAAGGAAAACAAUUACGAGCUGGAUCGUGACACCGGAACGGAUCGUUUCACGAUCAAUGUGAAGGCACAGGACAACCCGGGCAACACCGGUAGGCGGAAUUCGGACGAGGCCAGUUUCACACUGAUCUUGCUGGAUAUCAACGAUCAGGAACCCAAAAUGCCAGUUUUGGCUAGUUUGAGACUAACGGAGGACGCCCAGGAGGGAGCGAUACUGGUGGAACGAUUCGAAGCUACCGAUUUGGAUGAUCGUACCACGCCCAAUGCGAAAAUUAACUACCGGUUAAUGGACAUUAAGGCAGCCGGCGACAACUCCCCGGAGGCGGCUGCACAAGACACAACCAGUGAACCCCUCUUCACUCUUACUUCGCUGGACGAAUUUGCGACCCGGCUCUCGGUGGGGCGGGCUCUGAAAACUUUCUACGGAAGCUGGUCGGUCCAGAUUGAGGCAUGUGACCGAGGAGACGAGUACGACCGAUUGGAAGACAGCCCUCGACUGUGUAGCAAUUCCACCUACACCGUUCAGGUCGAUCCGGUCAACUAUAUGGCACCGAAAAUCGAAUUUCCCGGCGAUGACGAACGUAUUCGAAUAAAGUUCGAAUCGCUGACCAAUGGGCAACCAUUGGUUGACACGCAGGGCAACACGGUGAAGAAUUUCUGGGCCACCGACACGGACGGAGGAAACUUCGGGGUGGUCACCUUCAGCUUGCAGAGUCAAGACGAUUCAUCUCAGGAUCACGUGUUUUUCCAGCUAACCGUAAUCGACAAGCAUACGGUGCGACUGGAGUUGGCAAAUGCAGAAGCAAUACAAGCUCGUUCCUAUCGGGUCAUUUUGCACGCCGUUGACGGUGGUGGGAGAUCAGCAACACCGGUAAAUAUAGUAAUAGCAUUCAUCAACAUGACCGGUGAACCAGAGUUCCAAGAUGAGGAUUCGCCAUUCCACACGGAUUUCACUGAGAAUGAGGAGGGCAUGGAAGAGGAACGAACCAUUCCCGAAGCCAUAGAUCCAAAGAACGCCGAGCUACCAGAAGGAGAGCACAGCAACGUGUUCUACUUCAUCGAUCUUACAUAUGGCAACGCAAGCCAUCUUUUCCAACUAGACAAGGAAACCCGCAUUCUUCGUCUCACGCAAGAGCUCGACCGCGAGGAAAUUCCAUCGCAUGAAAUCCGUGUAAUCGCCACCAAUAACGUUAACGGUCCAACGGCUACCCUUACCGCGGACUCGCGUUCUCAGCUGAUCGUCUACAUAAAAGUCAACGAUGUCAAUGACAACCCGCCCAAGUUUCAGCAGCUGUCCUAUUCGGCCGGAAUAACCGCCAACGAUUAUUCGGGCAAAAUUUUGUUCGAAGUUUUCGCCGACGAUCCAGACGAGGACGACGUUAUCAGCUACUCGAUCGACGAAACGACACUGGAGACUCACGGUACCAACCUUCCCACGAGUCCAUUCCCGUUCGCAAUGAACAAGGAAAAUGGACAACUGUCGUUGAGCGUCCAAAUUCAGGAUAACAUGAAGGGUCACUUCACCUUCACGAUUGUUGCCAAAGACUUGGUUGAUCACAACGAUACGGUGCCAGUCAAAAUAUACAUAAUAGCCGAAUCCAAUCGUGUUAAAUUUGUAUUCCUGAACAAUGUCGAUGAUAUCAACACUGCGGAAAUGCGUGAAUUCUUGAAAACCGAGUUCACCACAUACUACGAAAUGGAAUGCAAUAUUGAUGACGUGGUACAGGGUACCAUUGAUGCGACGACCAAAAGUGGAGACUUGGUGACGGAUGUUCGUGCUCAUUUCAUCCAGAAUGAUGAAGCCGUUGAAGCAGUGGUUAUACAGCAACGUUCCAACGAUCGCGUCUUCGUAACUAAUCUAAAAACGGCCCUAUCUGCACGACAGCUCUUCCUUCAAGAUGUGCCCGUAACGAGCGUAACCGAAGCAGAAGAAAACAGCGAACUCCUGCAAACAAUCCUGAUAGUGGUCGCUGCUGCAUUGGCCAUUCUUUGCAUAAUCCUGUUGGUAGCAUUCUGUAUCAAAAUACGCAGCCUCAAUCGGCAGCUGAAGGCAAUGUCGGCUACCGAUUUCGUGUCUAUUGCAUCCGAUAUGAACAUCGGGGGAGGAGGCGGUCGAAAAGUACCAACCACAAAUGUCUUCUCUGUCGAAGGAUCCAAUCCGGUUCUCAACAAUCGAGAGUACACCAAGGGAGCGUACGACGACGUCAGUGUUCAAUCAUACGAAUCAGAUUUUAUUGGAAUUGACAACGACUUGUUCGCCAACUCAAAGCAAAAGGAUGAUGGACUCAAUCCCGCUCUGAUGGAGCACAUCCGGCAGCGGUCGUUAAACCCGCUGGUUCAUGGUGGAUCAGGUGCGGACAUAGGGGAUUCUAUAAAGCUCGAGCCGGAACCUCCGGCACGGCCGAAGACAGACAAUAACGAUGAACUGAUACAUCGAUUUUGAGCGCUGGGAGAAUAUGUAAACGUUAAAGCAAGAAGUUAUGUCCCAUGUUCGAUUCGCUGCAUUGCCCUUCAAUGUGGUCAAGUGGAAUGAGGUAUUUUUAUGAUGUCUAUAAUUCAGACACUGCGCAAUGGAAUAAGGACAGCAUAUUAUCUUAUUUUGAUAACAAGCACUUUACGACUUUUAACAUUGUUUUAUUUUUAUAUUCAUUACAGCUAUUAUUGCCAAUUAAUAAAUCUGUGACAUGGGUUACAUAAAUGGUGUUUCA